AUGGCGACUCUGACCCCCUCGACUGCGCUCGCCCCGCUCGUCUGUAUCAUCGACUUCCAUCACGCGAGGGGUCCUGAAGUCGAAGCUUGGAUAGGCCUCGAGAAUGGCGAGGACCCAGCAGUUGAGCAUGACUGGCCACUGCUCCCGUUCAUGGCUUUAAGUGACGGUGCGCAUGCCUCAACAGAAGACUAUUCCUACUUUACCCUCCGGCGCUCCGCCACACCCUCUCAUGCUGCAACAAGUCUCUUCGGUAUAUCAUGUACACGGCAACUACCAGCAAGCGAACUUAUCGAUCGACCCGCCGACGUCACAAGGAGUACAGUACAAAAGGCGGUGGUAGUCGUGACCGACAGCCCACAGCACUUUGGCGCAAUCAAGGCACAACUGGGCGUUGUCACGGCGGCAUGGUUUGCGCAAAGAGACUUUACGGACAUUGAUAUACUGCAAAGAUUCCAUGAAAGUCUGCCACGGCUGCUGGAAAACCAGGAGGGCCAGGUCGAACACUACUUUGGCAUAUCGCUUCGCGAGUUCAUUCACGAAUUCAAGUGGCAGACUCUUGUGCUGUUCAAGUGCGCUUUACUUCAACCCAAGGUUCUCUUCUUUGGCUCUCAUUGCGAACGGUUAUGCAUGAUGCAAUUUGCUCUCAUUUCUUUGAUACCCGGCCUUAUGCGCCACCUUCAAGACUCUGCAGACCCCAAGUUCAACUUGGGCGAAGAGAUGAUUGUUAUGCCUACAAGUCUCAAAACAUCUGAGCGUUCAUCGUUACUUGCAUAUAUGGGCCUUCCACUUCAAUUGUUCGGGAAAGGCUCACUUUUCGGCCCUUAUACACCACUGCAACAGCUUGACAUGCUUGCCGACCAGGAUACGAAAUCAUAUAUUGUGGGUUCGACAAAUUCGCUGUUGCUGCAACAGAAGGACCGGUACAGCGACAUACUCAUCAAUCUCGACGAUCACACUGUAAAUAUCACAUCGAGUUCAUUGCGCCAAGCAUCUAUCCUCUCGACACCAGACCGGAGAUGGAUAGACUUCUUGACACAGACAGUGAACGACUCUUGGGACGAAUCAGAUCCCGCGCGGCCCAAAGAUCAUGGAUACACCGGCAGUGAAGAGUUUAUCCGGAUGCAAUUCGAAGAGUACCUUCUCGCUAUGCUAAGCUCGGUCAAGUACAAGCUUUACAUGGAGAAACACCCAAGCCACGAACCCCUAAUGCCUGAAGUUCACGGUGACCCAGCAAGCGAGUUCUCGAAUGACUGGGUGCACGCAUGGAUUCAGACUGAGAACUUCCGGAUAUGGAAUAAGUUCACCGAUUCACACCUGUUUGACAUCGUCGAUCCCAAACACCCUUGCUCUGGAGGUCUAUCGAUCGAAGACGUUCAAAGAAGACUAGCAGCCGUGGCGCAUAGGCAAGUAGCAGAGCUACAUCUCGACGAACGACUCGAGAAGUCGCGAGAAGUUAUCGGAAAGAACGUCGCAGCCGGUCAGGCGAAAGUCUCGACAGCAUACAAUAAGCUGUGGGCGGACAUGGAAGCUAUGCGUAAAGCCCAAAAACAGCGGCAAGAAGAGCAAAGGGCAGCAGCUGAGAAGUUACGCCUUGAGCAAGAGAAAGAAGGCAAAGUGCCAGAAGCAGCCGGCAAAUGGAAAGCACAGGCCCCAGACCUCAGCAAUGCCCGCGCCAGUGCCGGCGCCUACUUCUCCUCCUGGGGCUCCUGGGCCAGCGAGAAGCGCAAAGGCUGGGGCAGUCGCAGCGCCUCCGCGAACCAAACACCCGUCUCCUCACCACCGCCUAGCGCAGAUCCGCAGCCUGGUGAUUUGAAGAGGACAGAGGAGUUCAAGAGAGACAAGGGUGCGAGUCUCGAUAGCUCGACGCUGCAUAGUGAGAGGGGCAGUUCAGGGCAUAAGAGGAUAGUGAGUUAUGAUGAGACUACGGAUGGAGAGAAGAGGAAUAGUGGGGGCGUAUUUUUUGAUGCGGAGGUUGUGGAGAAGGAGAGGAAUGCUUGAAGGAUGGAUCGAGAGCGGCGAGAGGAGGAGUUGGUACCUCAGGUUAUUAUAUGGUUGGGUGACGGCAGGUGCGUACACGACUUGUACUUGGUUAUACACAUCCACAGUCUCCUGGGUGUGUAAACACAUGGACAAGCAUGACCGGCCCUACAGGUAUUCCCUGACUGAUGAGGCACUUGUAGGGCCGGUCAUGCUUGUCCAUGUGUUCGCCGAUGAACACGAACAUCAACAACAAUCUUUCGGACGAUUUUGGUCACUUUCUUGUAUCCACGACCUCCUCGCAUGGUCUCCAAGUAUCCUGUCUAGUAUUGAUACGAGGGCAUAAUCGGCAUCGUGUAGGCGUGGUCAU